AUGCAUCCCACUACAUCCCUUCUGCUUGCUAGUGCUGGCAUCGCCAAUGCCUACACAAUUGCCGUGGCUGAGCCCUUCAUGAGAAAGAACAUCAACCUGGUGGCCGGCUGCUCGACUGCCGAGAACCCCAACGAUUAUUCCUCUUACUGGGUUCCUACGCUCUAUAUCAAGAACGACACGGGCAUGACUCCCGUCCCUUUCUCCCGCUUCUCAGCCUACUACGUUUCCAUCGAGAAUGCCGAAGUCGCGAUCCCCCAAAACUACAAGACCGUGGCCGGAAACUCGAAAGCAACAUCCCAAGCUGAUGUUGAGGAGCUGGCCGGUAUCCAGUGGUUCUGCGAGGGCGACGACGGCGAAACGAAGGAUGCUGCAGCCUUCCCGACGAAGACGUGCUCCACGCACCUCCAAACCCUCCUGCUUUUCCAUGACUGCGUCGACGAGCAGACCCUUGAGUCCGCCUACUCAGGCACUCAAAACUGGAAGGACGGCUUCAAGCCCGCCAACCGCUGCCCCGAGAACAUGAAGCGCAUGCCCCAGCUGCGCUUCUCCAUCCGUUACGACCUCCGCAAGGUUCUCCCCGACGGCUGGAACGGAACGCCGCCCUUCGAGCUCGCAUGCGGUAGCUCGUACUGCUCUCACGGCGACUUUAUCAACGGCUGGCUGCCCGAGGCCGCGACAAACAUGCUCAAGGCCAACGACAAGCGCGAGUUCGCCGGCGUCGACGGACCUGAUGGAGCGUACAAUGCUGGGUCCAAGUGCGGUGCUGAGAACGCCAAGGAUGCUGACCCCAACAACGGUACCAGCGACUAUGAUGAGAGCGUUAAGAUGAUGAGCAGCAAGCGCAGCAUCGGCCAGCGUUUCCGUUCCGCUCGCUCUGCGUAA